GGCCUCCCUAGUGUCGUUAUCAAUUUAUUAUCAUUACCGUCCAGAGGUAAAGCAAUCUGCUUUGAGUAUUUGAGUAAAAAGAUUAAAUUAAAUUAAAUUAUAAAACUAUAGAAUGAAAAACAACCGACCGGAAAAUAAAACACUGCCCAACUCAUGUUCACAAUAAGUAAAUACGUCAAGUAACUUAGAACUACGUGAACUUGGGGUGUCAAUAAAUCAAAAAACGCCGCAAUUGAAGUGACGUAGAAUAUUCUGUAUCAAUAUUGUAGUGUCUUCACCGUGCCCGAAAAAUGAAAAUCGAUUCGGACUUUUUGCCUGAAAAACAAUGCGUUGUUAUCGAUAUUGGAACCAAGUAUACUAAGUGAGCGAAUUGAGUUGAAAUUAUUGUGCCUUCGAAUUUAAUUAGACCCUUACAGUAUAUUAAAUUCGAUUUGUUGACAUUGGUUAAUAAACAAAAAUAGUAAAUCAUUUUUUUCCAUCAAUAAAUAAUUAUCUUCAAAUUUCCUUUAUUAUAUACAAUUCAAAGUUACUGAAUUUAAUAUUAUAUACCAAACAGUAUUUAAUCAUAUAAAUAAAUAAUAUUUACACCAUACCCUUAUCAGUAAUAUUUGCCUUCUAUUUAUAUUUCACUUUUACAAAGGCAUUCCACAUUUCCAUAACUUCGACUGGUUGAGUUUAAGGGCAAAGAAAUCUAUAAUAUAUUUCAUAAAGAAAAAUAUUUUAUAUGAAUCUUACAAAUGACUUUUAAAAUAUUUUCUUUUUUGAAUAGGUUAUUAAUUAUUAAAAUGAAGAUAAAAUUAACACUCAUUUCUUGAUAAAAAAUUAAAAUAUCAAAAAAAUCAUUCCUAGAAUUCAUAGUAAAUACGCUUUCUUUUUUAUUUAUAUAUAAAUUGUAUAAUAGGUCUUUGACCUAAAUUUAGCCAAGUUAUAUUUGUAAAAAUGCUAAAUGCCUUUGUUGCUUUAUUGAGACUGAAAAAUAUUAAUGGCAAGGCCCUUUAGCUGCAUAAAAUAUUUAAUUUGGAAUUGAUAUUUCAUCAAUAAGUGUAUUAUAAGUAAUUGAACAAAAUUAGUGUAAGAAUCUUUAUAUUUUAAAUUUUAUAUAACUUUUAGAUUUGGAUUUGCUACUGAACAUUCCCCCAGAUGUAUUAUACGGACAUUUUGUGAAAUAGACGGUAUACCUAUUCCUGAUAUAUAUAAAUAUAACAAUGUUCAGAAACUCACAUUAGCACUAUCAAAUUUCAUGCAUUUAUUAUUUUACAAGUAAAGUACAUUGCAAAGUUCACUAUUGAUAUAUAGUACAAAAAACUAAAUAACACAAUAUAAUGUUGUUUUUAGACAUGCUCUUGUUGCACCCAAAGACAAAAAAGUAAUAAUUGUUGAAUCCUUGUUGUCACCAACAAAAUUCAAAGAAAUACUUGCCAAAGUGUUGUUCAUAACUUAUGAAGUAAGGUUUUUAUAUCCAUUACAAAAAGCUUCUAUUUUUAAUGAUAAUAAUAUAUUUAGAUCGCAUCUCUUUGUUUUGUGCCUUCACACUGUGCUUCCUUAUUUACACUUGGUAUUUCUACGGCAUUAGUACUUGAUGUUGGUUACAAAGAAGCUGUUCUUAUACCAGUUUGCGAAGGAGUACCUGUUUUACGGUUAUGGCAAGCAAUGCCAUUGGCUGGAGAAAUCGUAGAGGAACAAAUUAAAACACGAGUUGAUAUAGGUCAAUUAACACUAAAUCAAUCAGUAGACGUUAUAGCUGAAGACAUAAAAGGUACCUAACUAUUAAUAAAUAAAGCAUCAAUGUUAUACAAAUUUAUUAACUAUUUUUGAAAAUUGUAUUCAGCCAGAACCUGUUUUGUUACUCUAAGAAAACGUGCCAAAAUUCUAGCAACAGGUCAAAGUAUAGAACCAAAAACUACCAAUGUUGAAUAUCAUAUAGAUGGAGAGAGAUCUGUUUCUAUAUUGGGCGAUGUGAGAGAAACUGUUUAUGAUGUAUUAUUCGAAGAAAAUAUAGAUGAAAUGUCUUUGACAACAAUGAUACUUGAAACAUUAAAUAAUGUUGGUGAAUUGUAUUUUUUUUUUUUUUUUUUUUUACAAAUAUUUUAAAUUUUGUUAAUUUACAGAGUAAUGUAGACAUUCGAUUAAAACUCGCUGAAAAUAUUGUCCUUAUUGGUGGUACAGUGAUGGCGAAAGGUUUCAUGGCAAGAUUAAAAGAAGAAUUGUUGGAAAAAUUAAAAUCUUCAAAGUAUAGUAAAUUGAAAAUCACAAAAUUCAAAUUUCAUGUAUCACCUGUUUAUGAAAAUUAUAUCUCUUGGCUCGGAGGUAAGUAUAAUCCAGUGUUUCUCAGCCUUUUUACUGUCGUUGCCCUCUAAAUGAAUAUUUAACUUUUUAGCGACCCCCAAAAGGGCCGCACUACCCAGGUUAAGGAAUUCUGGUAUAAUCUAUUUUAUUUUGUACACUAUUAAUGUUCGCCUGAUUGUUGGUUUUUUUUUUUUUAGGGUCAAUAUUUGGCAGUACAAAUAAUUUGAAUAUCCUUUCACAGACAAGGGAAAAUUACAUAAAUGAAAACUAUGUUCCAGACUGGCCCACAACUUUUACAAGAAAAAAAAUUGAAUAAAUAACAGUUUUAAAUCCGGGCACCUUUUUCUAUAUUAUGUACAUUUUAAUAAUUUUGUUUUUGUUAUAAAUAAAUAAUUCCGUAACCAUUAUUGUUUUACAAAUAUUAUAUGCUAAAAAACUUUGAGGUAGUAACACAAAUUAAAAUAAACUAAAUAAUGCACAAUUGUUUUUGGAAUGAACUUAGCAUUGAAAGAUCUUGAAUAGUUGAGACUGAUGAAUUGCAAUCUCGAGACUGGGUUGGUAACCCCCAAACCUCAUAUUUUAUCACUAGUGAGAAAAAAAAAUUGUGCCCGGAAUACAGCAACAGAUUCAGAGCUUACAAUCGGUUGGGGGUAACACAUGUCAUGCGUUACAAACGGCCAUAGCUUCUUCUUUUUCUUCAAGCAGUUCUUUAGCUGUUAAAUCUAAUUUACUCUUUGCAAAGUCAGUGAUUUUCAAACCCUAUAAAAUUUAAUUAAUGAAUAAAGUUAAAUUAAAAAAAGGAAAAAUAAACAGUUUUUUUUUUUUGUCAUACCUCUACAAUUUUCCAUUGUUUUUUCGAAAUGGAUACUGGCAUAGAGAAAAUUAAAUCUUUUGGCACACCAUAUGAACCAUCAGAUAAAACUCCCAUUGAAACCCAAGUACCUUCUGGUGUACCUAACCACCAAUCGUGCAUGUGAUCAACGGCUGCUUUGGCAGCCGACAUAGCUGAUGACAUUUUUCUUGCUUGAAUAACAGCUGCUCCUCUAGUUUGAAUAGUCUAAAAAUACAAAUUAUUUAAAUCACACUAAAUAUUUUAACAAAAGUCAAAUUUAAAUUUAAAAAUAUUUAAUUUAUCAAUAAAUUAGCAGCCUUUACCUUAAUAAAAUCAUUUUCAAGCCAUUCUGAAUCAUUGAUACUAGAGUAUACACCAUUUGACUUGCCAGAUAAUUCAACUUUUGCAUUAUAUACGUCAGGGAAUUGAGUUGAUGAGUGAUUGCCCCAAAUUGUAACAUUCUUUACACUACUUACACACGUGUUAAGACGUUUAGCAAUGGCUGAUUGGGCUCUGUAAUUCAUAUUUUUAAACCAAAAUUUAUAUUGUAAAAAAUUUAAGACUAUGAUUAUACAAGUUAUACCUAUUUUGAUCAAGUCUGGUCAUGGCGGUGAAAUUUUCUUUAGGUAUGGAAGGGGCAUAGAAAGAGCAUAUUAAAGCAUUAGUGUUGGCUGGAUUUCCAACCACUAAAACUUUAACGUCUUUCUUUGCGUACUUGUCUAAAGCUUCACCUUGCACUUUAAAUAUCUUGACAUUAGCGGACAGUAAGUCUUUUCUUUCCAUACCUUCUCUCCUUGGCAUUGCACCAACCAAGAAAGCAGCAUCGACAUCUUUAAAAGCAACUUCUGGUUCAAUUGUUUUCACAUAACCUGAAUAACAAUUUUACAACAUUAGAAUAAUAAUAAUAAAAACAAUUAGCUAUCUAUGAACAAUAUCAUAUUUUAAUUAUGUAAAAUCGUCUAACCUUUAACAAGGGGUAAAGCUAGAUCAUCAAUUUCCAUGCAUACUCCUUCAAGAACUCCCAUUGCAGGGAGAAUAUCUAAAAGAUGUAAAAUUACUGAUUGUUCCUUUCCAAAUACAUCACCAUUAGCGAUCAUGGAGAUCAGAGAGUAGGCUAUUUGACCCGCAGCACCAGUUACAACCACACGGAUCGGUUCAUCAUUGUUGAUC